GUGCUGACUGGUCGAUAGACAGCCACUCCGUCCCGCCAGCCUCCCGCCAUGCCCCGCACAGCCUCUGCCUGACCGACAGACUGACCGAGCGAUGUCCCGGGACGGGUCCGACAGCGAGGAGGAGGAGCGCGAGGCGCUGCUCCAGACCCGCGAGAGGGGCGCGAGGACCCCGCGAGCGCCGGCGUGCUGCUCGGCGCGCUACGGCCUGGCGCUGGUCUCCUGCUAUGGCUUCUUCGUGGUGUACUCCCUGCGGGUCAACCUCAGCGUGGCCAUGGUGGACAUGAUCAACGCCACCGAGCCAGCCAAUCACAGCGCCUCUGUUUGCCCGUCCAGCCAGACCGUGGCCGGACGCAACCACACGGCCCGUGUGUACGACUGGGACUCGGAGACCCAGGGCUGGAUCCUGGGCUCCUUCUUCUACGGGUACAUCCUGACCCAGGUCCCCGGGGGGUACCUGGCCAGCCGCUACGGGGCCAAGUGGCUGAUGGGGCUUGGCAUCCUGAGCACCGUGAUCUUCACCCUGCUGACCCCCCUCGCCGCCGACCUGGGUGCCGGCUACCUGAUCGCCGUCCGCGUGCUGGAGGGCAUCGGAGAGGGGGUUACCUAUCCUUCUAUGUAUGCCAUGUGGGCCGCUUGGGCCCCCCCCCUUGAGAGGAGCAGACUGCUGACCAUCUCCUUUACUGGAGCUCAGCUGGGGACGGUCAUCGCUCUCCCGCUGUCUGGAGAGAUCUGCUACUACCUGGACUGGACCUGGAUCUUCUACAUCUUCGGCAUGGUGGGGUUGGUUUGGUUCGUCCUGUGGUCUCUGCUGGUCUUCAACAGUCCGGACCACCACCCCAGGAUCUCUGACAGAGAGAGGACCUACAUCUGCAGCUCGCUGGAGAACGAGGUGUCCCGGGAGCUGGGUCCGGUCCCGUGGGGGUCCAUCCUGACCUGCAGACCGCUCUGGGCCAUCGUGGUCGCCCACUUCUCCUACAACUGGACCUUCUACACGCUGCUCACCCUGCUGCCCACCUACAUGAAGAACGUCCUAGGCUUCAGCAUCCAGCAGAACGGCGUGCUCUCGGCGCUGCCCUACCUGGGCUCUGGGCUGCUGUCGGUGGGGGGGGGGCAGCUGGCCGACUACCUGAGGGACGCACGCCAGUACCGCACCGUGGUGGUCCGCAAGGCCUUCUCCCUCGUCGGCAUGGUGGGGCCGGCCGUGUUCCUGGUUGCCGCCGGCUACACGGGCUGUAACCCCCUUUUGGCCGUGGUCUUCCUCACCAUCUCGUCCUCCCUGGGGGGGCUCUCAGCCUCGGGCUUCAACAUCAACCACCUGGACAUCGCCCCCUCGUACGCGGGCAUCCUGCUGGGCAUCACCAACACCUUCGGCACCAUCCCAGGCAUGGUGGGCCCCGUGGUCGCCCGGGCCCUCACCAAGAACAACACCAUGGAGGAGUGGCAGCUGGUGUUCUACAUCUCCGCCGGUGUCAAUCUCCUGGGAGCCGCCUUCUACACUGUGUUUGGCCGAGGGACGGUCCAACCCUGGGCCGUCCCCAAGCGCCGCCCUCUGCAGGAUUGACCAAUGGCAGCCCGGGUUCCUGCGUGCUGCUUUACCACCGCUGGUGGCUCGGUGCUCAGGAUUAGCCCAGAUGGCUUAGGAGUUAAUUUAGUAACUAGUUAACUCAGCAAGGUGUAGCAGCGCUUUACACACUCACAUUUAAAGGGAACAUUGAUAAUCUUAAAUCGAAUCGUAGUCCAACAGAUGUUAUUUUAGAGCUCAAAGCUGAUUGGGUAUGACCCCGGCCAAUGGGCUGGUCUCGAUGUGAACCUCUAGCUGCUAAUCGGCACUCGGAGGAGGACGCCUUACACAGAAGCCUUUUACUCUCUCUCUCUCUCUCUCUCUCUCUCUCUCUCUCUCUCUCUCUCUCUCUCUCUCUCUCUCUCUCUCUCUCUCUCUCUCUCUCUCUCUCUCUCUCUCUCUCUCUCUCUCAGUGGCACUUAGUGAUUGGUUCUUCCCUCCCCGCUCUCUAUGCAAAAAAACACGCCCAUAAUUUCCCUUUUGCAAAACCAAAGGCGG